UGCACCACCAUGGCUCCGAUCGUCUCCUCCUUUGCCGCGGCGGUGCUUCUACUCCUCGCAUUGGCGUCACCGGCGGCAGGCGUCAACAUCACCAGAAUCCUUGGCGAGUUUCCCGACUUCUCCACGUUCAACGGCCUCCUCAGUCAAACGAAGCUCGCCGACGAGAUCAACCGCCGGCAGACUAUUACGGUGCUGGCAGUCAACAAUGGAGGGAUGGGCGGCAUCACCUCGCUCCCCUCAGACGUCCAGCGGAAGGUGCUCGCCGUGCACGUGGUCCUGGACUACUACGACACGGAGAAGCUGGGCAGCAUGAAGAACCGCUCGGCCGUGCUCACGACGCUCUUCCAGUCCACCGGCCAGGCCACCAACCGGAUGGGUUUUAUAAACUACACCAGGCGCGCCGCCGACGGCGUGAUGAUGUUCGGCUCCGCCGAGCCCGGCGCCCCAUUGACGUCCCAGAUGGUGAAGCCCGUCAUGUCCCGCCCCUACAACAUCUCCGUGCUGGAGGUCAGCUCUGCCAUCGUGCCGCCCAGCAUCGGCUCCGUCGACAACAGCAGAGCUCACGCUCCGGCGCCUGCCCAUACUAGGACUCCUGCGCCAGCACCGCCGCCGUCCAAGAGCAAGAAGCCAAUGACCCCUGCUCCUGCCCCGUCCGACGACGAUUCUAGCGCUGACGCACCUGCCGACGCGGAUGGGCCCGACGCGGACGGCCCGGCGGCGGAUGGGCCCGAUGCGGAUGCGCCCGAUGCGGAUGAUGACACCGGGGACGCUGCGGGCAGGGUGGGUGCCCGUGCAAGUCUCGGUAUCGUGGCGCUUCUGGUGAUUCUUGUUUCGCUCUGACUCAUGCCCGCUGCGUACAAGUAGGUUAGAUACGGUUCAAAGCAGCACCUACGAUGGUGUGUAGGCAAAAACGUGAUCGGAUUGGCUGUCAAAUCGAAAUUACCAAGAGAUGGCACACUGGCAGGAUGUGCGAGAUAGGAGGGACGCCGUAGGCGAUUUACUGCUCAGUAUCGUUCGGUACGUAGUUCGAUAGAAGCUUAUGCUG